AGGAGUUGCGCUCAACAGCUGGCAAGCCUGCUUUGAUGAUUUUUGACAAAGCUACCUCCCCACGGAGAUACACGAAACACCGUCGGUUCCCUCAGAAAAGACACACACUAAUUGUCCAAUUCAAAGAAGAAAAACGAACAAGGGGGACUUAAAACUGUCAAAAUAUUUAAAACUCAUAUAUACUGACUCGUUGGUAUUUUUCGUGAGAAAUACAGGAGAGAUUUGCCUCGUGAAAAGGUGCCUUUUUGACAGAGCUGUUGCAGCUAUAGGCGCUCGAGAGUGAGGUGAAACGAAAGUUGGGAGCAAAAACGAAUCUUUCCAAAAGGGAAACGACUGGACACUUCGCCUCUCCACUCACUCCAUUUCCUCGCCUUCAAGUCACAAACACGUCGGCUGAGAUGCGGCUGCCAGUUACCUGGAGUUAAAUGCUAACGUUAGUCCAUGAGAGGAGAGUGCGAGUUUGGCCAAGGACGAGGAGAAAGAAGAAGAGGGCUAUUUCCUGAAACAGAGGGACCGAGGGACAGAGCAGGGAGAGGACAUGUCUCUUUGGGUCAUACUACCUGUUAGUCUGCCUUCCUUGACCAUCACUGGAAUAUGGGUUGUGUACGUCAUGGCCCUGUACAACCAGCACGUCUGCCCUGUGGAUAACUGGUUAUAUAACCAGUCGUGUGACAAGGAGCUGUACCUACAGAUUGGACCAACGUUGUGCUGUACUCUAGACAAUGUUCCACUCAUCAGUAAAUGUGGGACUCUUCCUCCAGAAAGCUGCUUCUUCAGCCUCAUCUGCAGCGCUGGAUCCUUCAUGGUGAUGGCGAUAGUAUUCCUACGUUAUGCCCAUGUGAUAGAGAAGUAUCAGAACUGUGUGUUGAACACAGCAGGCCUAUCCACCGGCUGGAUCUGUGCUGCAGGACUCAUCAUGAUUGGCAACUUCCAGGUGGACAAUGCUAAGAUCCUCCACUAUGUGGGGGCAGGGGUAGCAUUCCCCACCAGUAUGCUGUUUGUGUGUCUUCAGUCGGCUCUAACCUACAGGCUGGCCAAGACUCAGGGAGAAUACAGUGUGGCUCACCUACGACUGGGCAUGACACUACUGGCCUUCAUCACCUUGGUGCUUACUGGCGUGUUCUUUAUCCAGGAGAGCUUCGUCCUGCAGCAUGCAUCGGCCAUCUUUGAGUGGGUAUUCUGCAUCAUCAUCAUGCUCUUCUACGGAACCUUUGCCUUCGAGUUCACCGGUGUUACAGGAGAUACUGUGAUGGUGCUAGCCAGAGGGGGAGCCCUGGGGCCCAACAGGAGAGGCCACAAAGUGGAGUCCUUAGGAGGUCCCAUUCCACACCCCCCUGAGACCAUGUCAAUGCUGUAGUCCAUGGGAGAGAAGCCAGAGAGCUGGCCUGUACCAUUAUCAAUCUGGGGGCGGUGGAGGGACUUGUGAGUAUCCAUUGCCAAAACACCACCAUUGCAGGGUGUGAAGUGGACUAUGCCAAUGAGCCCAUGGGAGAGGAGUAGACACUGGAGGAGAUGGGGGUUCGUACUGUUCCCCUGUCCCAGCCUCCAAAGACAAUGCUUGUGUUUGCACGUCACUAAAGGAACCAAAUCCUCUUUUCCUUUUCUUUCAUCCCCCCUUUUUCCAGCCAAAGGAGGAGUGGUGCUUUACAGGAAGUGUUCCCUGCUGCUGUUGGACGUCACUGUCGUCUGGACACAGGUUAAGAGAGGAGGGCAGACGGCCAGAGAGCGUGAGAGGCUGUAUCAUGAGAAAGAGAGGCUGAUAGAAAACUAGAGGAAUGCAUUUGAGAAAAGAGAUACUGCCUGUGUGGGAGAGCUAGGCCUGUGUAAUGUUAGAUUUGCACAUGAAAUCUCUUUAUUUUCAGAGACCAUUUAGUGAGCAGACAUGACUGUUUCCCACAGUGCUAGAUUCCAAACAAGGCAAAAAGCCUCCGUCAUUUGUUCUUUAAAACGCACAAUAACAAUACCAUGACACCCGGGUCUCACAUAGGUCCCAAUAUGCCAAAGGGAAUAUUCUGAAUAUUUAAAAUGGUUAAGUUGACUCUCCUCAAAUGUAGUGAAAGACUAGCUACAACGAAUGUUUUCAUGACAUGGAUGCUUCUCUGAUUAACAGUAUCUUGGUCCUUGAAACCCGGGUUUAAACCUCGGAAUAUCUGGCUGCCAGAAUUACCUUAUUUUUUUCUACUGAAGCUAUGUAAACAUGCCUUAUAAAGCUGGACAUUGUAAUGCAGACUGUACAAAUCUGUUUUUUCCUCAUGAUUAUUAGAUGAACUUGAGUAUAUAGAAAGCCAAACCUCCAAUAGUAUUUUAUAAAUGUUGACUGUAAAGUUACACCUAAACUUAUUGGUGUUGGGAGGGGAGAAGAGGACUGGAAGAAUCCAACUGUAAACCAGCUAAUACAAGCCAGAGCUGUGCCUGGGCUGAUCGAGUUAAAUCACAGAAAAUCUGAAAAAGUCUGAAAAAUUUAGAAUCUAUUUAUAAUCAAAGAAACAAUAAGUGGACACGCCUUCUCUAUUUCAGAGCUCCCCCUUUUCUAUUUGUCAGCCUGGGUGUCAAAUCUGUUUCUGCUUCAGACAGCUUGUCACCGUCCCUGACGGCGUGUCACCAUCUCAGUUAACUUGUCAGUUGUUUUGCAAGGGUACAAUGUAUUGUUGAACGCUGAAACUACAGAACAUUCCUACACCCGGAUUAUCUUCUUAGCUUUCUGUUCCUGUAGCUUAUCCUGGCAUAGGGCCAAAAGGGAACGGGAUGGAGCUUCUACUUGCUGCUGUUCUUCCAUAGAAUGUAGAGAGACAAACCAUCCGUAUCCAUAGAAUGUAGAGAGACAAACCAUCUGUAUCCAUAGAAUGUAGAGAGACAAACCAUCUGUAUCCAUAGAAUGUAGAGAGACAAACCAUCCGUAACCAUAGAAUGUAGAGAGACAAACCAUCUGUAUCCAUAGAAUGUAGAGAGACAAACCAUCUGUAUCCAUUCUCCUGCCUGGAACUACACUGCCAAACUAUCCUCCUGCCUUUCAGAGCUUGUGCUAAGAGAUCUUAUUAUGCAAAUCGGUCUCCACUGUUUCAAUGCUGCCACAUUAGCUAUGAUAAUGAAUAAUAAAUUGGUGGUGCUUAUAUUUGUCCUAUUUCACACAUGUACAAGUAUGUGUUAAUGCGCAUGUGUGAAAUAGAUUUUUUUUGUUUGUUGCAUAUCUCAACUCCGGCUGAGAGACCCGUGGAGAGUGGGGUCACAGCCAGGUUCAGCCAUUAUAAACGGGGAAGCAAUUAGUGUUAAGUGCCUUGCUCAAAGGCAGAUCAUAAGAUUUUUCACCAUGUUGUCUCGGGAUUUGAACUAGCAACCUUUCGGUUACUGGCCCAAUACUCUAAGCGCAGGCUACCUGCCACCCUAGCGGCGGUGGAUUGCAGAACGAUAUGUAGAGUCUAUAGUUUUACAUUCAUCACAACAGCUUGAAAGUGAUUCUGAGAGAGUUUGUCACUUACUGAGGAAGUUCAUCUAAUAGUAAACAUUAGUAGACUGGUGUUUGUGGAGGGGAAAAAGUGGUCCAUUAGCCCCUUUUUAGUGUAGACAGAUUACUGUGCAGAGCUCUUUUGCAUUUACGUCAUUUAGAAGACGCUCUUAUCCAGAGCGACUUACAGUAAGUAGUGUGUGCAUACAUUUUCAUUCGUACUGGUACCCUGUGGGAAUCGAACCAACAACCCUGGCGUUGCAAGUACCAUGCUCUACCAACUGAGCCACACGGGACCACCAUGCUCUUCUAUUGCUAUCAACUGGUUCAAUGUGGCCUUAUCAACUGUUGGAUGAGUAUAAGGCCUGUGAUUCUGACUGAACGCUGUGCCAACCAAUCCUCAACAUGAAGUUCAUCAUCCAUCUGUAUUAGUGCCAGAAAAUGAAUUGAAUUCUGAUGAAUUGAAUCUCAGUUUAAGUGGCCUUUAAAUGCUAUUUUCUUGAAACUGUCUUAAUAAAUCUCACUGACCCAGUAUUGACUUACUCUGCCAAAUGUUAUCAAAUCAUAUGAGAGAGCUUCAAGAAGUAGGAGGAAGUUUUCACCUAGAUACUUAUCCAGGAUCAGUUUAGCAUAUUUCCUCCUUAAUGGUUAGGAUUGGGCCAGGUUUAAUGUCUACGCUGAGCAUCGUGGUCAUUAAUCACCAAAUGGAAAUAAACUGGCUGAAACAGGGAGGGACUAACUGGACUACCUGUCAAAUGAAAAAUUCAAAUUUCCACGGUCAAUUUCGGAACAUUAUAUAACAUUUUCUGUUACAUGUCUUAAUGAAUAUGACCCUUGUCAAUGUUCUGUUUCUCUGUUUACUGAUCUACCUUCAAACUUUUACCUCUCAGGAAUCUGUUACAUCACCAGCUGGCCGCAAUCAGUGAUUCUAAACAAAACUUCACUUUUUCAAGUAUAUUGUGUUUUUUUGUGUAUUCAAUUGUGUUUUAGGGAACAUGUUUUGACCAGUGGGUUGAUUUUACAUUUCAAUAUUGUAGUGCCAUUGGCUUUGCCCAUAUCUGACCUGAUUGGUCACGCCAUGGUUCCAUUGGUUCUAUGUUCUAUACAGAACCAUAUAUUUACAUAUGGAGCUGGUUCUAUGCUUUAUCAAAGAAGGUCAACACUAUCUUGUAGAAAUAGCAGUGGUGUUAUAAGUGCUUCAUUAAGACCUCAUCGAUACGGUUGAUGGAUAAUCAUUAGUUUGGUUGCGUUUUAUUUGUACAUCCAAAGGGUCUCUCGAAGGCUCUGAGUUGGCACACGUGUACUCUCACAGAGUAGAGAACAUUCCUCUAUCUAGCUGUUGUCCUCUGGUAUGUUCAUUGUCUUACCUACCUACAGAUAUCCAAAUCAAAAUAGUGCCAUAUUCUACUGAAAUGUAGAGGACAUGUAUGUGCCUUUUUUAUUUUUGACGAAACCAAAGAAAGAUGUUCCAAGUUAAGUGUUUGAGAGAAGAAAGAUGUAUAUUUGCCUUAAAUUGUUCUACAAUAAAACUGUAAAAGUA